AUGUCACAGUACAAGUUUGGUCCGUCUCCCGCGAACGUCACCCAGCACGUCGCGCACAACAGCGAGUCCCCUAACCACCCAUCCACAGCAGGCGUGGGAUCUCCGGACACCUCGGGGCGUGGCGUAGUGGCGUCCGCUACCGCUCCCGCCUCUCUGCCGGCGCCACGGUCAGGAUCGCCCAGUGUCCCGCCGGUGCGAACGUCCAAUCCCGUUGCACAACAACCGCUACCGCCACGGUCGUCGGCUCAGGCCCAAGUUCUUGUUCCGCAGCCAUUCGAACAGUUUGCCGAGUCGACACUUUUUCUCCUCCAAGAGACGCUUUCGAACAUUUUGAUACAGAUGCGCAACCGCGAGACCACCCACGACUGCUACACAGCAGCCACGGCUCGCCACCAUAACCGUCCCGAUUUCUUGGCUCAUAUUGAAAACAUUUUCAAAACUCUAAGGAACUACCCAGCAGAAAUCCUUUCUGCCAUGUAUAUUCCUGUGAUUCUGCGCUUUUUUAAAUGGUGUUUCUCAUUGCAACAGCCAACACCGGAUCCGCGGCGUAGUCGAUUCAUCGUGACCACAAAGAAGGGAAUAGCGUUCUUGAUGGCCAAUUGGAACGAAUAUGGUUACAACACAGCGACUCUCUACCAGGCAUUCAAGGCUCUUAAGUUGCUGCAAGAAUUGGAGGCGACUUUGCUCCCGCAGAAGCCGGCCGCUUACACAGAACAGCCCGACGAAGAGGCGGACAGUCCGAAUUGGAGACCUCUGGACGAUAGUCAGCUGGAGCGAUUGAUUGAUUCAAUUGGUAAAUCCUCAAAUAGCAGUAAUGUCCCCGUUUAUCAAGCACCUGACUAUUCUCAUAUGCAAAACACCAACCUCUCGGACUUCAUGCCUUUGGACUAUACUGGCCAGCUCACGAACAUCAACAAUCCUGCUUUAUCCACCAAUCAGCCAAUUCAUCCACUCUACGGAGUUCAUCAGUCUCCACUUCCUACCUCGUUCUCCGAGAUCCACGAGCCAUUUCCCGGGCAAUCUGGCCCAUCAAACCACGGUCUCCAUGAAGAGCAACCUGCGGGAAAACUGGAUCGUUUACUCUCUCAAACGAUUCCCGAGAUAUUCCAUAGGCUUAAUUCAUUGGGGGCUGCUAAUGACGAACUGCGGCGCCAAAAUAACCUAUUAUCCGAGGGCCUUCAAAAUUUGAAAUAUCAGUUUACAUAUUGGAAGAACAACCCUGAGGAUGUUUUUCCUAAGACACCAUCGCCAAUUUCUUCCAACCAACUAAGCUCACAGCUGAAGUCUGACUUGCCCGGGAGUUUACUCCCGGGCCAUCCAGAUCCAAUAGAUCUGUCUCAUGUUGUUGCGAAUGAGGGUAAAUUGGCUACAGAUGCCGCUGGCCGCCUGUCUAUGCCUUACGAUAGUAUGCUACCCUAUUCAUCAUCAACUGCUGCAUCUGGGUUUAUUAGUGAGAUGCCUAAGCCUGCUCAUUUAGCAGAACAGACGCCAUCAUCUGUUUAUGCAUCGCAGUUGCCACCCGUGGGAUCAAUGCAGACAGCAGUUCAAGCCAAUCCCGGCAGACUUAGUAGCAGUGUUAGCGUUAGGAUUCCUAGCAAGAAGCCUCGAAAUAAAGUCCGGGAGUUUGCAGGAGCUACACUAACCAAAGGCGAAACCUAUUUACCUCCAGUUACGCCCAAUGGUAAGAAUUAUUUGGUGGACGAAGAGGGCAAACUAGCCAUUGUGAUGGCCAAUGACCAGAACUCAGUCUACGGGAUGUACAACGAAUAUUAUCAAUCGUUGAGGCCCCAGAUCGAUUCUUAUGUGGCGGACUUCGGUAAAAGGAGCCUAAUGCAUUUCAAGAAAAAACGCACCUUUCAGAAGAAAAAGGCCUUUGUUCAGUGGGUUGAACGCAUUUCGCACUUCAAAGAUUUAAGCCCAGAAGAUGUUUUGGAUCUGAUUGACGAAGUUAGGCUGAAGGAAAAUAGAUCAGUGGUUUGGUCUUGUAAUAAUUUGAGUAAUAUGAAAGAGGCAUUUGUACGAUAUAAGCCAGAUUUCCGCGACGUGGCGUUGUACGAUACGGAUUAA